AUGAGUUUUAAUCAAAGAGCUGCAGGGAGAAAGAGAGAGAGAGAGAGAGAGGAAAGGGAGCAGAGAAGAGAAAUCAUUUCACAUGAGAAGGACUGCUGCUGCUGCUGGAUGCAAAAGCAAAAGAUGCUGAAGUUUUUCUCUGCACGGGACGAUGAGAACGAAAGCCUUUUGGGAGCAAUAACAGAAGAUGAAGGAGACAAUCCGUCUCUUCAGGGCACCAAGCAGCACUGGCUGAACAUACCCUGUCAUCUGGUGCUAAAAGAUGGUGAUGUGUCUAAACCAGGAUUGGGCUGCCGACAAAUCCGACCGGAAUCUCCAUCCAAAGCCUCUUCUGAGUCUGUAGUCACUUGCACCCCUGAGCAUCCCGCCAAAGCUGGCUCAGCCUCCCUGCUGGAAUCCCAGAAGGUUCUUCAACAGCUGGAGGAAGGCAGCUGCACUGUGACCACCAUCUCCACAUGGGCUGAGAGUCGAUUCGGAGAGUCUUCCAGCCCCUUAGUGCUGAGCCCGGCUGAACCCGAGUGGUCGGAGGAAGAGAAGAAGCCUCCGAUUCCCCCCUCAAAGGAGGACUCUGUGAUUGAAGAGAAGGAGAUUGAAGAAAGUGGACAUCAGUCCUGUGGCUCAGACGUGACUGCAGCGUCCUCCGUUUUGGAACCUCAGGAGCUCCACAGCCAGGAUAAAAUUGGACCUAAUGGAAAAGAUGAGAGCAGCAGCAGCAGAGCUGGAUCUGUGGCCGAUCCUGACAAUGACCAGCAGCCAGGCCCUGCUGGGAUCCUCUCCAAGGAGCGAGGCACCGUCCUCGGGGAAGUAGCUCCACUGUGGGUUCCUGAUGAUCAGGCACAAGUUUGCAUGAAGUGUGGGGUGAAGUUCACCUUCACUAAGAGGAGACACCACUGUCGUGCGUGUGGGAAGGUUUUUUGUGCACUUUGCUCCAAUCUGAAGUUCAGACUCACACAUUUGGAUGGCAAAGAGGGUCGAGUUUGUGUUUCUUGUCAUUCAACUCUCAUCAAAAGUACACCUCCAAAAGACAAAAGGAGGGUGUGGUUUGCUGAUGAGUUCCUCACCAAUAAGCACUCAGAGUCUGCUCCCACCACGCCUGUUAGAGGUGCAGCAUUCUCACCUGCGAUGAGACGAGCACCGUGCGGGACGCACAAAUGUCCCGCAGGUUCCCCACAGAUCAGAAUGGCAUUCCGGCAACACGGACAAACCGCCAACGAGGCCAGCGGUUCUCAUGGCUGGAGCAGCACUGCCUAUAUGAGCAGUCACAGCAGCAGCUCUGCCACACUCAUCCCGCUGGAUGGGCUACCACCCAUCCUCACGUCCACCGGGGUCAAAGGAGAUUACACUGUGGAGGAGCAGCCAUCUGAGACGGUCCUCAUUCAGGAGCUGGAGAGCGGCCGACCUAAACAGCUGGUUUUCGUCCUAAAUGCCAACCUGCUGGCUAUGGUCAAGUUCGUCAACUAUGUUAACAGGAAGUGUUGGUGUGUGACAUCGAAGGGAAUGCAUGCCGUGGGUCAGGCAGAAGUGGUUGUGUUGCUACAAUGUCUGCCUGAAGAGAAAAGCUUUCCCAAAGAUAUCUUCAGCCACUUCACCCAGCUUUACAGGGAUGCCCUCACAGGAAAGGUGGUGUUGAAUCUGUCGCUGUCCCUACUUAGUGGUAGCUUCCUGGGUGCUAAGGAGCACGGAGGCUUCCUGUACGUUCACGCCACUCUCCAAUCUCUUCAAGGUCUACCUCUGCCAAACCAGCCCUACCUCUUCGGCCUACUGGUCCACCAAGCAGAGCUUACCUGGGCCAAAGCCUUUCCCUUACGUCUCAUGCUGAGACUGGGGGCCGAGUAUAGAUUUUACCCAUGUCCUCUGUACAGUGUGCGCUUUAGGAAGCCCUUGUUUGGAGAGAUCGGCCACACUAUAAUGAGGCUGUUGGUGGACUUUAGAAAUUACAGAUACAGAUACAGCCUACCAACGGUGCCGGGGCUCACUGUGGAUCUAGAAGCUCAGAGGACCUGCAUAAAGAUACCGACAACUGGCUAUAAUGAUCUAAUGAAGGUUUUGAAUAAAUCCAACGAGAACGUGCUGGCUAUAGGAGCAUGCUUCAAUGAGACCGCAGACUCCCACCUCAUCUGUGUGCAAGGGGAAGAUGGUCAGUACCAGACGCAAGCCAUCAGCAUCCACAAUCAGCCACGCAAAGUGACUGGAUCAUGCUUCUUCAUAUUCAGUAGUGCUCUGAAAGCAUCUGCAGGAUGCCUCGCCAAGUCCAGCAUUGUUGAAGACGGGUUAAUGGUGCAAAUCACUGUGGAAACCAUGGCGGAGGUCCGCCGGUCACUACGGGAGAUAAAGGACUACACAAUCACCUGUGGGCAGCUUGACCAAUCAGACAAGCAGGAGCUUGUGUGUGUACAGUGGGUGGAGGAGAGAUGCAGUGUCAACAAAGGAGUUAUAAGCCCCAUUGAUGGAAAAUCCAUGGAGUCUGUCAACAGCAUUAAGAUGUUCCAAAAGUCUGAAUACAAGGAAAAUGGGAAGAUCAUCCAUUGGACAGAGGUGUUCUUCCUGCAGAGGGCUGUUCAUCCUCAAGGAGAAGUGACAGACUCUGCCGAGCACAACCGCCUAAUGGAAAGGAUUGCUCGGGCGUUUUGUGUUGCGCUGUGCCCGUAUCUCAAACUGUUGAAAGAGGACGGCAUGGCCAAACUGGGACUGCGUAUCACAUUUGAUUCCCAAGAGGUGGGAUAUGUGGCUGGGAGCAAUGGGCAGCCUCUGCCGGCACAGUACCUCAAUGCCCUCGACAGUGUGCUGAUCCCCGUCAUACACAGCAGGGGGCGCAAGAGGAGUGAGGAGCCCAUUGUGAUGGAGUUUAUCUUUUACAUCCUAGAGACCAUCACUUAGAUAGAAGGAAGGCUUUGCUCCGUUAUCUCAUCUUGUUAACUCUGACCACAGCAAGGCAGCACUUCUCAUCAGCUCUGCCAGUGGUUUCAGGGCAAUAAAAGGAGAGCAGCCAAACCGCACUGCAGAUAUACAUCCAUCUCAUCCAAGUGGUUUCCUGACUUCACCCUGCAGCAAACAAUCUGGGUAUGCAUGGACCAUCACAGCAGGGUGCAGACAGCAUUGCGCUGCGGUAACAGCAUUAACCUCAUUCAUGUCAGUUUCCUGUACUGAUUGUACCUUUAAAGUGGGAGCUGGAUUCAGCCCUGCAACCUCAAAGCAAAGAAAAAGAAACGUACGUGGAGCACUGUUCAAUGAGUGAAUGUUUUCCUACUGAAAUUCUUGAUUCCUCAUGAAAUGCAUAGUCAACAUGGAAUAAAAACAAACAA